AGCUUUUAUGCUACACUACUCAGUGCCCUCAGAUAUCCAUAAGGACUAUCGGCAAACAACAUGGCAUUAAACCGGGUGAUCAUUUUUGUCUUUGCGUUACUAGUAUUAUUACUGGACGAAACUGAAGGGCAGUCAGCAAGAUCAAAACCUGACCGAAACAAAGUGAAACAUGUCAGAGGAGAUGAUGAUGACUUGAAGACCCAAAUUGAAAAACUGUGGAAAGAAGUGAAUUCACUUAAAGAAAUGCAGGCAUUGCAAACAGUAUGUCUCCGUGGCACAAAGAUUCAUAAAAAAUGUUACCUGGCAAUUGAAGAAGCCAAGCAUUUCCAUGAAGCAAAUGAGGACUGCAUUGCACAAGGGGGGACACUUGCUACUCCCAGAAAUAGUGAUGAAAAUGAUGCCCUUAUGAAAUAUGGCAAGAUAAGCAUUCCGGAAGCUUCAGAAUGGUGGUUAGGUAUUACAGACAUGGUAAAUGAAGGAAAAUUUGUUGAUGUUAAUGGGAUUGCCGUCAGCUUUCUCAACUGGGAUCGCUCUACAAAGCAGCCAGAUGGAGGAAAACGUGAAAACUGUGCAAUGGUUUCACAAAAAGCUCAAGGCAAAUGGAAAGAUGAAGUGUGCCGUGAUGCCAAGAAGUAUAUUUGUGAAUUUCUUAUUCCAUAAAUAAUACUUAAAUAAGUUAUUUGUUUGUAAUUCUCCUUCCAUUCAUAAAAUUUCUGCAGGCUCUAAAUAUUUCUUCUAGUUAGUAUAUUUGCUUAUAAUGUUUUUUCCUGAACUUUGCUCUUUCUUUCUUUCUAUCUUUCUUCCUUAAUUUACUUCUUUUGGGCAAUUUCAUUUGCAUGUUUUGUUUUGGCACAAUAAGGCAUACAUUCAUUUUGUUUGCUGCACCAUGCUUCCUCCAGCAGGAUUCAAGUGUACUACUUAUAAAUGCAUUGUUCAACAGUUGGUGUAAGAAGGAGUGGUGUAAGCAUGGUGUAAGAAGGAGUAAAAAAUUUGCCCUUCAUUGUACAAUAACUUAGUACAGCAUAGCGGAGAGUUAGUCAGCAUUAUGCUAUACCAUGCUUUGCAUUCUGCCCAGUUGAAUAAAAAAGUUGAACAGUGUCAUGACUAACUAGAACCCAUAAUCUUAUGGUAUAUAGCACAGUGACAUAGAUAUAUCUGCUUCUGAAGACUGCCCAGCAUGAACACAUCAUAUACUGUGUGUUCUCUACUGUAUACUAUUGUGGUAGGUGCAGUUCUAGAUAAUUCUGUUACAUGUACAUCAGCAAGGCAAAGCUAUCUGGUUGUCCCACUGCUACCAUGCUUAUCAGUUUGUUUGAAUCUUUUGUGGCAUAUAAGUAUGUCCUACUGAGCUGGCAUCAGGGGUGGGAGAUUGGCCCAAUGGUUAAGGUGUUUACCUUACAGACACAAGGUGCAGGGUUUGAUUCUCACAUGGGGUAACUGGCUAUUCUUAAAAUGGCCUGAAAGGGCAGGUAGCCUAGUACUAAUCUAUGAAUCUAUAAUGUAAGAGCUAUUUAUAUGAACUGUAUAUGCAGCAUAUUCAAGAACCUGCCUGAUUUGGCACAGUGAGGUGUAUUAUGGUGCAAAAGAGUGAUUCAGUUUAGUGCAAGACGUUUUAUUGUACAUAGUGGGGGUAAGUAGGAUAACCUGGAUAACUUUUACUGCCCAUUUAUUCUGGACAUGGGUAAUUAUAUUAUCCUGUACAUCUCUGGGAUGGGGGGGGGUGUGCAUAGACAAAAAACAUUUUAUUUCUUAUUUUGGGAUGAGUGGGAAGGACUCUAGAUAGUGAACAUCUACAUUUUCACAAUAUACAUCUUUUGUGAUAAAUAAUGUCGGCGUAAGUGCUCAGUAUAACUAUAUUACUACACAUUACAUGGAGGAGUGGUCUGGGGGUUGAUGGGGCAUGCAAGUGCUGCCUGCACAAUGCUGUGAGGUUACAGCCUUGUGUUUUUCAUUCUGAUUAGCAUAGUUACUUCAAACUUGUAGGAAACUCCUGCAAUAGUACUGAGAGCAUCGAUUAAUUAAUGCACUGUAAUGCAGCUAACUCCAUACAUUUAAGUCCAUGACAGUCUUUGGGUGUAAAGAUAAGGCUAAGUUAUGCAAUGAUUUGGUUCGUUAUGAAUCGCAGCCAAUAUCACCUUAAUUUUUUAUUAAACUAUUAUAGCUCAUAAACUCUACUUUCAUUACACAAACUGCUUUUGACUAUAUGCUGCUACUUUAGAAUUUAUAUCAUUGCUCAAGCUGUACAUUUUUAUUUUUAUUUUACAUACUUUUUUUUAAAUUUUCUAUGUAAGACAUGAUUCUGCAUUUAAGUUGUUAUGCUGUUUGCCCCAUGUGUGUGUGAUUUAAACACAAUGCUCUUCAUCUUCUGCUUCACAAAUGUUUUUAGACAUGAACUUAUAGAUAUGAUCAACUUUCUAACAAAAUGUUCUUAGUGUGCUGCUUAAAUAAACAAAAUGUACUAACAAUCUCCCUUGCUUCAUAAGUUAAAAUGUAAUGUGAAAUCACACAUUUGUGUUCUGUUGUUUUAAAGUGAUAUGAUGAAUAAAGCUCUGAUAAUGAUA